AACAUAAUGUGCUUGCAUUUUGCCACUCUCACCAGCUGAUGGCAGCAUGCCCGAUAUCUGUUGCGCCUGGCACGGUGCGGCAUAGGACAACAUAAUAAUGCAACCGGUGAAAGUGGUGGUCGUCGGCGCAGGGGUUGUGGGUCUGUCCACAGCCGUGUGCAUCGCGGAGUCUCUAUCCCAUUGCUCCGUCACAGUUAUUGGAGAAACAUUCAGCCCUGACACCGUCAGCGAUGGGGCAGCGGGCAUCCUGUUCGCCUCUCAGUUUCCAGGCAUUCCGUUGGAGCGGCAGCGCCGUUGGUUUAAGGACAGCAUUGACCAUCUGCUGGCCAUUGCGCAGUCCCCUAUCUGUGCGGAGACGGGAGUCUUCCUGAGCUCAGGGUGCCAGGUGUUUAAGGAGGUUCCGGUUGACACCCGGCCGUACUGGGCAGAAUAUGUCCUGGGCUUCCGUACCCUCACUGACCAGGAGAUGAAGCGUUUUCCACACCACAAGUUUGGCCAGGCCUUCACAACGGUCAAGUGUGAAUGCACCACCUACCUCCCCUGGCUGCAGAAAAGGUUCUUGAAAGCUGGUGGAGAGAUCCAGCAAGGGAAGGUGUCUGAUCUCCAUCACCUGGCCGACACCUACGACGUCAUCGUCAACUGCUCAGGCCUCGGGGCUCUCUCCCUGGCGGGGGACACCGCAGUCUACCCUGUGCGCGGCCAGAUCCUCAAGUUCCACGCCCCCUGGGUGAAGAACUUCAUCCGCGACGGAGACGGCCUCACCUACAUCUACCCCGGCGUGAACAGCCUGACCCUGGGAGGGACGCGGCAGGCCGGCAACUGGAGCCUGGAGGUGAGCGCGGCCGAUCGGGAGGGCAUCCUCGAGCGCUGCUUCCGCCUGGACCCCAGCCUCCGCAGCGGCCAGGUGGUGGGGGAGUGGGUGGGGCUGCGGCCCAGCAGGGAGAACCCGCGCCUGGAGGUGGAGCAGCUGAGGACUGCGGGGGGCAGAGAGGUCCCCGUGGUGCACAACUACGGCCACGGGGGCUGGGGGGUCACGUUAGCCUGGGGGGCGGCACUGGAUGCUCUGGGGCUGGUGAGACAGGCCCUGUAUCGGCACCCGCCUAGGGCCAGGCUGUGAAAAGCAUUCGCUUAAACGCCUAGGGCCAGGUUGUGAAAACAAGCAUACACUGGAAAUGCAGAUUUCUAAAUAAUGCUCAGAAUCUUAUCUCAAUUACACUGUUUUGAUUGUAGAGAUGGUUUCCGAUUGGAUUUUAACAUCAAACCAACAGCUUUUAAUGUCACUGUUAUCUCUGAGGUCACUAGAUUUCAGUGAUGGCUUCACUCUAAAUGACAACGUUGCACUGUUUCUCUUAAAGGUCUAUUGUUAAGUUUACUAAUUGUUUAUUCAGAUUCAAAUGAUAGUGGGACACCGUGAUAUUUGAGUUCCAUAGCAAAAGGAUGGAGGGAUCUAUGCCCAAUGCACACAAUAUUAAAAUCAGUACAAACAAAAACACUGCUAUGUUAAAAGAAGGGAAUGCAAUCACAGUCCACUGUACUUCUGAAACAUCUAUUGGCUGAAAUGAGAUGACAUGCAGGGAUUUUCCUGCACUGAAGUGCUUUAUUCCCAAUCUGUUUUUGAUUAUGUAAAAUUGGCAGUUUCUGGUGCUCUUUCUCUGACCGCUUCCUUGGAUGACAGUGUUCAGUCUCCUCUUCUUAAAAAGUAACUUUGUAUAAAUCGUGUGAACAGAUAUAAACACAUUUCUUUCAGCAGAAUAUUUUUCUAGCAUCUCUGAAUCAUUUGACCUGAUGGUGUAUGUUUUUAAUGGAAAAGAUGUGGAGAAAUUGCAAUAAGAAUAGCAAUGUACUUUUAUUGACAAUAAAUGUUCUUUAGCACAAAUCCGACAUCA